CAAUUUACACCUCUGCGUCCAUUCUUUUCCCCUCUCUCUCUCUCUCUCUCUCUCUCUCUCUCUCUCUCUGUGCUCUGCUUUGACUGCCGGUACUGGUCGGGGAACCACCAGCCAUGGAACUUCCAGCAAGUAGUUUUGAGAGAAACUAUUGGUUAAUUUGAAAAACAGGGGUUGUUGAGAGAAGAAAGAGAUACAAGUUAGACUCGAGGGUAUUAUUUGUCAUAAUUAACCAAAUUCCAAAAAUGACCUCGGAAACAUGUACGAUUCAUCAUUUUCAUCAUCAAUAUGAUGAGUUCCUGAGUUUCAGAGAGGAGGAUACAGGCAAAAGCUUUACAGACCAUUUGUACAAUGCUUUGAUACAGAAAGGAAUUUUUACAUUCAGGGAUUACGAAAAACUUGGUUCAUUAGUUGCCUCCAAAGCAAUUGAAGAAUCGAGAUUCGCAAUCGUUGUUUUGUCGGAAAAUUAUGCAUCUUCGACUCGGUGCUUGGACCAACUUGUCAAGAUUGUCGAAUGCAAGAAGGAGCUGCGACUGGGGGCUGUUUUUCCAGUUUUGUAUCAUGUGGAUCCAACCCAGCUGAUUGAGGAGUGUGGAAAGGCUUCCUUUGCUGAACAUGAACAAGUUUUCAAAGACGAUGUGGAGAAAGUGAAGAAAUGGAAUGGGGCUUUAACGGAAGCCAUCAAUCUCUCUCUCGCACUUGGUGGGAUUUGAAAGACAGGCAUGAGUCAGAUUUCAUUUUGGAAAUUGUUAAAGAUAUUCUCAAAAAAUUGUGUCCAGCAGUCCCAAGUGGUAACACCGACUUUUUAGUUGGCGUGGCUUGUCGUUUGAAGAAAAUGGAUUCGUUAUUGGAUAUAGGAUUAGAUGAUGUUCUCACGAUCGGGAUAUGGGGUAUGGGAGGUAUUGGUAAGACAACUAUAGCCCUUGAAGUUUUUGAUAGGAUCAAAGAUAAAUUUCAAGCUAGUGCUUUCAUUGACAUAGAAGAGGAAUUUUUAGGAAAUGGUAUAGUGCAAUUACAAAAGCAUCUUCACCAAGCUUCAUGGAACAUUGAAGUUGAUGUAUGGAAGGAUAUGGAUUAUGCAAGAAUGAACCUUUUAAGGAACAAAAUGCGUUCUAGAAGGGUGCUCAUUGUUCUUGACAAUGUUGAUAAAUUGGAUCAUAUCGAAGCUUUAGUAGGAAGUUAGAAAGAACAGCAUGAUUGGUUUGGUCUGGGGAGUAAAGUCAUGUGACAACUAGGAAUAAGCACUUGUUGAGGAGGUAUGGAGAGAAAUACAUACACCAAGUUGAUAAACUAACUGGUGAUGAAGCUCUUCAACUCUUAGGACAUGAAGCAGUCAAGAGAAACUGUAGUUUAAAUGAGUUUAAAGGAAAAUCAUACUCAUGAUCUGUUUUAUACGUUUAAAGUAAGUUUUGAUGUAUUAGAUCAUGAGGAUAAGAAAAUAAUUUUGGACAUAGCUUGUUUCUUCAAUGGAAAGGAUAGAUAUGAUGUGGAAAAAAUAUUACAAAGUCAGGGAUUUCACCAUAAGAUUGGUAUACAAGUUCUUAUUGAGAGAUCUCUAUUAACUGUGGUAAAAAAUAAGCUAUGGAGAUAUUGUUGCUCAAAGAGCCAAGCAAACUGAGUAAGCUGUGGUCAACAUAAGGAAUUUUAGCUGAACUGUAUCGGUUGAGCUUUAAAGUUCUUAUUGUUUUUAUUGUAUGCUCUCGAGUCUUGAGGUCAUUUGUAAAUAAAAUUUUAGGGAAUUAAGUUUUGUUUCGUGAAUUUUAUUACAUAUUGAUUUUGUGGACAACUUGUAUCUCAUUUAUUACAUGAUUAAGUACACAAUCAAACAUAUUAAUGUGUUGAAGAAUUGUAAAUGACAAUGACCAUGAACUGAGUUUAUGAUAUCUGUUCCUUAGAGCAAUGAAAACAAUCUCUUGAUUAGCACUUUGAAUUGUA